AUGGUGUCAGACAAAAACAAGAGGGCGCUACUGGACUGGGCGACGCGGUGGCGGAUAAUAUUGGGGGUUGCCCGCGGCCUGCUCUACCUCCACCAGGACUCGCGCUUAAGGAUCAUCCACCGGGAUCUCAAGGCUGGCAACGUCCUCCUCGAUGGCGGCAUGAACCCCAAGAUCUCCGACUUCGGCCUGGCCCACAUCUUCCCGGGAGACGAGACCGAGGGAAAAACUAGAACGGUCGUCGGCACCUAG